UGUGACGUUGCCCUUUUAGGGUGAGAUUCUAUAAAAACAAAAAGAGGAAAACAAAUAAUGAAAACAGCGGAGAUGCAACGUGCUCAUUAGAAGAGAAAGAAGGAAUUGAAAGUGCAAGGAAGGUAAUGCUAUCAGAAAAAGUGAACUUUUGACAGGAGGUGUUUUGAUACAUUUCUUCAGGAAACCUUUAAAUGUACCACUUGACAGCACUGCACAAACGGUGUACUAUUAAAUGACUGCUUUUUGGACAAAGGAAAGAAAAAUCACAUCUGUACCCCAAAGUCAAGUCUUCCAUGAGCCCACAAUGACCUUCAACAAUUCUUAUAAGCAUGACGAUCGUGUGUCACAUGAAUAACAGUUCUAAGAUCGCUGGAAAAUGUAUAUUAAUAGAGAAAGGCAUCAUUUAAAGGGUUUGAACGGAAUGUCGGUAGAUGAGAAGACUGAAUCCCCCAUGUACGUCUAUGAGUCAACAGUACAUUGUACUAACAUUCUUCAGUGCCUCAGUGACCAGUGGAAGCAGGACAUUCUCUGUGACGUCACUUUAGUAGUGGAAGGGAAAGAGUUCCGGGCCCAUCGGGCAGUCCUGGCUGCAUGCAGUGAAUAUUUUUUGCAAGUGCUAGUUGGACAGACUGACCAUGGCUUGGUUGUCAGCUUGCCAGAGGAGGUCACUGCUAGAGGAUUUGGUCCAUUGUUGCAGUUUGCCUACACGGCUAAGCUGCUACUAAGCAGAGAAAACAUACAAGAGGUCAUCCACUGUGCAGAGUUCCUACGUAUGCACAACCUUGAAGACUCCUGCUUCCGGUUCCUUCAAACGCAGCUGUUGAACAAUGAAGAUGGCUUAUUCUUGUGCAAGAAAGACACCUCAUGCCAGCGUAUGCAUAAUGAGACUUUUGAUUGUGAAGAGGAAACUAUGGAAUCUGAAACCUCAAAAAUCUCCUGUCCUAAGGAAAAUUUUCUACAGGAGCCACCAACUUUUGACUCGGGUGGAAAGGUGGCAGAAAGAAGUGAAGUUAUUUUAGCUAAUUCUGAUAUGCAAAAGGAGACCAAGGAAAGUUUAGACAAGGAUCCUAUAAUCCGCUACCCAAGAUAUAAGAAAUACCAGCUGGCUUGUACCAAGAAUGUUUAUAAUACAUCACACAGUACCUCAGGUUUUACAAGCACAUACAGUGAACAUAAUUCUGAUAACGGACUGACAUCCGGCCAGAUCAAAAGUGAGCCUCGAGAUGAGGAAAAUGAGGAGGAGAGUAUUACACUUUGCUUGUCUGGCGAUGAAAAUGACAUCAGGGAUAAAGAAGGGGAUGUUGAGAUGGUCAGAAAUCAGCCCAGCCCCAUAAACAUUGAUAGCCCAAAAACUGUGUCAUCCCCUUCCUGUUUAAGAACUUUUUUCAGUAGAACUAAAGGGGGGGAGUUUGUUGGCUUGCCUGGUACUUCCCAACCGCAUUUUGUCCGAAGUCCUUCAUGCCCUGUGGAAAAGGGAGCAUCUCAGGGUGACCAUAAAACUGAAUAUAACGCUUUCACUGGGAGUUAUGAACUGUCUUGUGAAACUCAGAAAGAUUCCCCAAUUUUUCUCAUGACAUCCCCUCUAAGGGCUUCAGGUUCUGAGCUUGCCUCUAAGCAUGAUUUAGAAAUAGAUAGGAGGAGCGUAAUAUUCUCCUCAAGUGCUUGUGACCAAAUAAGCACUCCGGUGCAAUCGUAUUCUGGCGUGAGCUGCUUGGACAAGGAAUUUUCUGAGCAUGUGCCAAAGGGUCUGUGGGCAGGAGCUAGCCAAUCUCUACCUAGUUCACAUACCUUUCCCCACAGUGGUCUGGUAACAGACCCUUUGCCAGGAAGGUUACGACCUAAUUCAAGUUGCCCUGUGCCAAUUAAAGUUUGCCCUCGCUCUCCGCCUUUGGAAACCAGGACCAGAACAUCUAGCUCAUGCUCCUCAUACUCAUAUGCUGAAGAUGGCAGUGGUGGUUCCCCUUGUAGCCUCCCUCUCUGUGAAUUUUCAUCAUCUCCUUGUUCCCAGGGCCCACGAUUCCCACCCACUGAGCACCCAGAAGCUUGUUCAAUGUCAGACUCUGUGUACAACCAAGUAAGGCCGCAAAUUAAAUGUGAGCAGUCUUAUGGAACAAACUCAAGUGACGAAUCUGGAUCAUUUUCUGAAGCAGACAGUGAGUCAUGCCCAGUACAAGACAGGGGGCACGAGGUGAAACUGCCUUUCCCCAUUGAUCAAAUCACAGAUCUUCCACGCAAUGAUUUCCAGAUGAUGAUAAAGAUGCACAAGUUAACUUCAGAACAGCUGGAAUUUAUUCAUGACGUGCGCCGUCGUAGCAAAAACAGGAUUGCUGCCCAGCGUUGCCGCAAAAGAAAACUUGACUGCAUUCAGAACUUAGAAUGUGAAAUUCAUAAACUAGUAUGUGAAAAAGAAAAGCUGUUAACAGAAAGAAAUCAACUAAAGGCAUGCAUGGGAGAGCUGUUGGACAAUUUCUCUUGUCUUUCCCAGGAAGUAUGUCGGGAUAUGCAGAACCCUGAGCAAAUACAAGCCCUACACAGAUACUGCCCUGUCCUAAGGCCCAUGGAUCUACCUACAGCUGCCACGUUUAACCAGUUACCAGCAAGAGGAGAGCAAAACCUUCUGAAAGCUCAAGAUACAGGAGAAAACAUGCAGUGCUGCAACUCGCAAGGCUCAGCCCAGCUGGAUGCACACUCUCUUCCUAACAACAUACCAGAAAAUUGUAUAGCAAGAAGAGGGCCUGAGGAAUCUGGCCAUGAUACUUUCACAGAGAGGGGGGUUUGUUUGGAGCAGAACAGCCAGACAGUGACAGUGGACUUCUGUCAGGAAAUGACUGACAAAUGUACGACGGAUGAACAGCCAAGAAAAGAUUUCACCUAGAAUCUUCUGGGUAUUACACCUUUUGUGGCCAAUCAGAAGUUAUUAGUCAGCCAGUGGCUGCCACUGCCUCCCAAAAACAUUAUUGGUGCACACUACAGCAGUCUUAGCAGCAAUACUGUUUUUAUAAGUAUUUCCCUCCUCUCUGAAAGUAGGAGAUAUCUUCAUGAUGGUGCUAUACCUUGCUCAGGCAGGGAACUAAACGGUGGUGACACUGUCCUCCUUGUGUUUUUGUUGUUUUAUUUCUUAAUGUAUGCUAACUUCAGAUCUUAACAGGGAUGGACCUAAAACACCUCUGAGGACCCAACAGCAGCUUAUAUUCUCAGUGACCCAUGUCACAAAACCCUAUCUCAGGAAUUUCCUCUGAAUGUUCAGUUUGUUUUUUUUUUUUUUUCAUUGAAUAACGCUUCUAUACAAAUCAAGGUUUUCUAGGUAAUCUGUACAUAGGUUAUAUAUCCAUAUGCAGAAAGUUCAUACAUCCCUCAGUUUUCACAGCUUAAAACUGGAAUCACUCACUUCUGUAUUGUACAUGCAAGAAACAACAUUCCUUUUUUUAUGUCGUUAAAGCUACAAGCAAUGUUUCAUUUAGUUUCACACAAAGUUAUAGUUAUUUAUAGGAUGUUGCUUUGUUAAAGGUUUCUUAUCCCAGGCUGUUAUUAGCACGGCACAGCCGAGCACCAUUUCAAGACAGCAGGUUAUUUUAGCUUGGAUGUCCUUGCUGAUAUGAUACAGUUGGAGUCAUAUUUACCACUUGCACUGAGCUUUUUAUGCCAUUUUAACAUGGUUACAUAUGCAUUAUCUGCUUCGUAGAUUAAGGAGAAAACAAAAGAAAAUACUCAGGAGAAUAUACUGUAGGAACAUUUUCUUGCCAAAUAUUGCAUUUACCACAUUAAUACUUGUUCUGAGAAAAAGAACAGCAUUUUACGCCAUUGUUUCCCUUCUGUAACUUUGGGAAGGGUGUGUAACAAAACAAAAAAAAAUCCAAAAAAUGUUAUAGCUCAGUUUGCUUCCCAGUGCUGUGAAUUUGCUUUUUUUGUGACAGGGAUGUAAUGGGUUCUCUUUGGGUGAUUAUAAGUGAUGCGUUGUCCCCUAUUGGUAAGUGCGCAAGUCAUCCUCAGACCAUAAUAACCAAUGAAAAUCAGUUACCUCAUAUCAAUAAUGCAGAAAAUCUUUCUUUCUUUUAAGUGUAUUUAUUAUUACUACUUUUUAACUAUAUUUCUUUCCCUUCAACAAUUUAUAUUUACUUGGAAACACAAUUUUCUUGUGUCGCUUGUUUCAGCUGGAAUAGGUUCCACAUAAGUUAAGUUCUGAGAAUUUUUUAUAACUACUUGGUAUUAUAAAGAGCUUAGCUCUACGGACAUGAAUAGAAAUUGGCUAUUUAGUAACACUUUUCACUGGUGCAUUGUAGUGUGUGCAUCAUGUCAUAUCUGUCUCUGAUUUUCAUAUAUACAUAUGGAGAACAACUGCUAAAUUGAUCAAUGUAGCGUUGGAUGGCAAACUUUGAUCUGGUGUUAUGUGAACCUGUGUGCAAACACUCUUCAGUCUGGGCCCAUUUAGAAUGUAUAACUGAUGUGUCUUGGCUAAGCUUACCUUCAUCUUUACACCUUAUAUUUAAGAAUAGACUUCAGAUUUUGACUUGCUAUAUUGGCCAUCUGUGAAAUGAAGAUCUAUGACUUUAGGGGGAAAAUAAAGUCUUCGGGUGUCAGCUGUCAGUCUCUUCCAUUUCAUUAGCCCAUAUAAUAUGAUAGUAGGCGUGGAAACGCCGGUCUUUAAAAGGACAUUAAACACUUCUUGCAUUUUUUUGUGUAAAAAUCGUGCUUGUCCCACACUCCCUAGAGAGGUCAAAAAGCAAAAUCUGUAACCUAUGCUUUCAAAAUGCUGCAAACUGCCUAAACCAGAUAUUUGUUUUGAAGCAUUUGCAGGUUAUUGAAUUACGUUUUGGCCUCUCUAGGUAACGUGGGGAAAAGCACAAUUUUUUCACAAACGUGAGAAGUGUUUGUCCUUUUAAGGCUAUAAUCAGGCCAAAAUGUUAUUGUUCCUCUGCUUUAGAACAGAUUAAAUUGACUGAGUUUGAUUGACCAUGCAAAGCUUAAGCAUUUAUUAUCAUUGAUAUUAUUACUAUUGUUUAUUUGUAAAGCGACGCCCAAUUCCGUAGCUCAGAUAUCCGUAUAUUCCGAGGUGCGUGCUCCAGGAAUGCCUUUGUCCAGUGACUGCAGUUGCAGGAAAUUCCAAAUCUAAAGUUUGUAAUUAUGGCUGUAUUUCCAUUUUUAAAGCAGAAUUUACUUAAGUCCAGAUCUAGUUGGCUUUCAUAUUCUGCUGCAAUACUAACAUUAGUAGUUUUAUUAACCUAAAUUAUACAUAAUCUUAUUAUAUGAUGGGACAUCUUUCUAACCUCUAGAAUUUGAUCUGACAACCCCAGCCUAUAUGGGCUACAUUAUAUAGGUCAGGCUAAUGAUUGACAAGUACAACAUUUAAAAUGAGGCAUUAUAUGUAUACAAUUUAGUGGCUAGAGUAUAAUAUACUUAAGCUCUGCAAAAUUACUUGAUGAAAAUAAUUUGUAAAGGUACUUGCAAAGUUGUAAAUCAGUGAACAACAGCUUUAGCACAAGGUAACUUUAGGAUCACAUCAAGUUUAGGGACUUUGGUAAAACAUUUGUAAUGGGAUUUAACACAAUCCUAUUGAAACUAAUAUACCAAAGACUUAUAUCUUUAAAAUGUUAUGUUUUAUUAUAAAAAUAAUUAAAAAUAAUAAUAUACAUGUUCUUUCUAAUUAAUUAUAACAUAUAUAAAUGUGCUGAAACAUAAGUUAAGUAAAAAUAAAAAAGAUAUAUUUUCUUAUGUAAAGUUCCCUACAGACUUACUGAUUUGUACACAGUCUUCUGCCUCAAGUUGUAGAAUAUAAGAUAAAAAGCUGGUAUUAAAAAUGAGUGGUUACUCUAAUCAUACUAUGCAAAUAUCUCCUCCUAUCAAGUGCAUGCAAUCAUAUGGUAAAGUAGCAUUGGUAUGAGCCAUUAUAAGUAUUCACUGAUCCUAGUUCUCAGAAGUUACCAGUAAAUGCCUUUUGGUUUUACUGUUUCUCAAGUAGAAUGUAAUUGUUUUCUUUAGUCAAAUUAACCAACGUGGCUGUCCAUAAAUACUGUGAGCGCUGAGAAAUGUAGUGAAUGUGAUGUGAUCAAGUCUGUGCGCUUUAAGCCCAAUGAGUACGCAAAUUUAUCUAAAGUAAAUUGCAUAACUAAGUAAGGCUGAAGGUAAUAAUCUUUAGCAUAGCUACAGAAUAAAACUGCAUUAUAAGCAGAUAUAUAUAAAAUAAGCUAAAAAUAACUAAACAUUAAGUAUUUAUAUUAAAGUAUGUGGGUGUUUGAUAGGAUUACAUUUGUUGAGGGUUUUUUUUUAGGAUAUUUAGUUGAUACUGCUUCUUUGGGAAUUUAAUUUCCAAAAAAAUAUGCCAUAAACUUCCACAUGGAAGGUGUCAUUUAGUUUCAAAUGUUUGCUUAAACUGUGUCUCUUAUUUAAAGACAAACAUGUUGAUAUUUUUUGCAUGGAAAUGAAUAAUCUGACAUUUAAAAGGCACAGAUGAUCGUAAGAUAACAUACUGGAUCUCUCAUGCUUUACUUUGUAAUAUGGGGAUCAGUUCUAAAAAUACCUUUUGUUAUCUCUUAUGUGCCUACAUUUUCCACCCCAAUUUUUGGCAAAUUACUUUUCUAAUUUAUAUAUCUUUCUAGGCCUCACACCCAUGAACUACACCUUAUGCUACCUAUAGACCCUCUUGCAAUUGUUCUGUGCUUUUAAUGAAAUAUGUAUGUAUAUGCUUUGGAUCUCCAUGCAAAUAAGCGCUAUUAACUUUAAAAUAUACUUUUUAGCAUACACGCUCAAGAGAUGACUUAACCGAACUCAGUUAAAUUGUGGGAGGGAAUUUAAUGGGAUACCUAAAUCAAUAUCUUCUAUUCUGUCUUAUUUUUAAAGUAAUUGCAUCUUCUUCUGAGGGAGUGAUACAAAACAUUGUGCGAUUGUCUUCUUGCCAAGCUCAGCAAUUCUAGGAAAAUUAACCUGAGAUCUCAAAUUUUGUGCCAUUUUUUGUAUUGUGAUCAACAUCCCAAUAAGUAAACUGUGUUAUAGGAAUUUAUAGCUAGAUAUAAAAUUACAUGUUCUAGUAUUGAUUUUGUAUUAACCUUUAUUUUUAAAGUAUUAGAUGUGCAUGCCUAAAUUCAUUUGCAUAGAUAGUGUUAAUAAGCUAUAAGUGAAAUUUGUUUAGUUGAAAAACAUUGCCAACUCUGACUUGCUGUCUACAAUGUUAUAUUGUCAUGACAACAUAUUGUGACUAUCUCUUCCUUUACAAGACGGCAACUUUUCAACAUCUGAAUAAGGAGUGUAUUGAGCUAUAUUUUUGAUAUUCCUGUCUGCAAAGCUAGAAAUAGUUGUGCUUCUGAAUUUGUAAUCAACAACGUCAUUAAACAUUUCAGAGUAUAGAGAAAA